GCAUGCGGGACCGGAAGUAAGCCCGGAAGUCAGGGAAGGAGGAAGCAUGGCGGGCUACGGCGUGGCCAACGAGAGGCUGCGGGCCCUGGAGGAGCUGGAGAGGGAAAUCGGCGCGGCGUUGCAGAGCGCGGGCUCGGUGAUUUUGGAGCUGUCCAAGGAAAAGGCAGCAGAGCGGCUGCUGGAGCGACAGGCGGCUGCAUUUGGGGCGGCAGUAGCCAAAGUGGAGGCCGAGCUGGGGGCCCAGAUCCGGUACCUGACACAGGUGGCCACCGGGCAGCCCCACGAGGGCUCGAGCUAUGCGGCGCGGAAGGGCUGCCAGCUGGCCCUGAACAGGAUGGAAUACGCCAGGAGGAGGCUGGCGGAGCUGGCGAGGGGCUGCCAGCAGCUGCUGGACGCUUAGGGGGAUGUGGGGCAGC